AUGGAACUCUCCCAACCGUCAGAUGAAUCAAAGGUGCUCAUGAUAUACACCGGCGGGACGAUAGGAAUGCUUGUGGGGCAGCAGGGCUAUGUCCCUGAGCCUUACUUUCUGACCGAAACUCUCCGGAAUCAAAGUCGUUUCCAUGAUCCCCUCGAGGACUCGCUCUUUUCUCAUUCAUCCACCGCACAUUUGCCCUGCCUCGUCACCCCGCGAACCACCGCUUCUGGUCAGCGCGGUUCGAAGCGCAUUCGUUAUGCUAUAUUAGAGUGGAACCCUCUUCUAGACAGCAGCAAUAUCGAGAUAUCUGAUUGGAUACGGAUAGCCACAGAAAUCGAACUCAACUACAAUACUUUCGACGCAUUCGUGGUUCUCCAUGGAACGGACACUAUGUCCUACACUUCGAGCGCUCUUAGCUUCCUCUUGGAAGAUUUAGGCAAGACGGUGAUCUUGACCGGCGCGCAGAUUCCUCUGUCUCAGCUCCGAAACGAUGCGGUUGACAAUUUGCUCGGUGCAUUAGUGAUAGCCGGUAAUUACAUUAUACCUGAGUGUUGCCUUUACUUCAAUCAUACACUGUUCCGGGGGAACAGAGUAUCAAAAGUAUCAUCUUACGAUUUCAAUGCGUUCCAUAGUCCUAAUUUCCCUGCUCUUGUCAACGUUGGCAUCGACAUCGUGGUCAACUGGAACGAUGUCAUCAGGCAGACAAGUCUCCGAAGGUUCAAGGCCCACAAAGGUGCGCAUCGCUUCCAUCCUCCCCUGCCCACGCUUCGCCUCUUCCCCGGCAUCACCGCAUCCACGAUCCGCGCAUUCCUCGCCCCGCCCGUGCAAGGCGUGGUCCUCGAAACCUUCGGCGCGGGCAACGCGCCCCAGCGGCAGGACCUCAUGUCCGAGCUGAAAGCGGCGUGCGACCGCGGUGUGAUCAUCAUCGCCAUCACGCAGUGCGUCAAGGGCAGUGUGGGUGAUGCGUACGAGACCGGGCGGACGCUGCUGAAGUCCGGUGUCGUCCCUGGCGGUGAUAUGACGCCUGAGUGUGCGCUGGCCAAGCUCAGCUACCUCCUCUCGAAACCGGAGCUGUCUGUUUCAGAGGUACGAGACCUAGUGAUGUCCCCUCUCCGUGGGGAGAUCACCCGCAACCGGUCAUCCCCUACAGCGCCGUCCGCAGUCACCGCGGACGAGACAAUCGGAAGUAACCUGCAAAACAUCUCAGGUAUAAUAUCCCAGAUCGUGCGCCUCUCCAGCACGACGCCCGGCCUGCCCCUGAUCACAGCGGCACCUUCGCCUCCGGUAAUGGGCUCUACAGGUGCGGGAGUAGUGAACAGCCUUGAGCCAGGCUCGGGAAGGUCCCCCUUGCACACAGCUGCCUUGAAUGGCGCCGCGGAAUGCAUCAGUAAACUGCUAGAGGCAGGCGCCCUGGUCCAUCUACGAGAUUCGUUGGGUCAUACUGCGUUGUACUAUGCAGCACGGCAGGGCCAUGAGAAUAUAGUGGAUAUCCUGAUGAAAGCGGGGGCAAAUUUGGGUGGUUCGGACGUCGAAGGCGGUUUCGUUGAAUUGGCAGUUCAGAAGGCAAGGAGAACGCGAGACGAGAGGGCACUCGCAAUCUGGCAGAAAGCUAGUGGAUUCAAGUGA